AUGCGUCAAUCUGUCCGUCUGUCUGUCAAAAUGCAGGUCAUAAUUAUUCGUUGUACAAAUAUUUGUGGACAAUUACAGUCUCCAGUCAGAUUGUCCUGCGUAUAUGAUGGCCAACAGCCCCCAUCUCACACACACACAAAUGGUUACUAUAGAAAACAAAUCACAAAUCAGUAUAAAUAUUCGAGAAGAAUUCAACCGAUCAACAGAUCAGAUCGGUCGAGUGACAGAGAGAGAUAUACAGAGAUUGAGAGAGGUUCACUCACACAACAAAGCAUGCAGGGAAACAAAUUCGUCGUGUUGUUGGUUGCAAGUCUGUGUGUUGUUGCAGUGAAUUCUAACCGUCAAGGUCACAGAGUGAAUGGUGUUCAAUCGGUUGGAGAUGAAUAUUCGAGUGCAUCUGGAUAUCUGGGAUCAGUAUUUCGACGUCAGCAAGGUGGUAGACACAGAUCUGGUCAGUCGUCAUCAGGCCAAUCAGGUCAGCAACAGCAACAAUCGAAUGUGGUGAAGAGGAAGAUGAUGUGUCAGUGUGAGAGUGAGGUUCCUCGAGGCCACUCACCUGUCAGGUAUGACGCCUUCACUGAAGGAGACUACAACAAUGGCUACGUAUUUACUGAAGACCCAUCUGGAAGCUAUGAAGGCGAAUAUUUUACUGUUAAGAAGCGUCAACUGGCUUAACUGUCCCUGUCCUUCCAUCUCACAUCAUGAUGCAUUGCAAUGCAUGAAUGUGUACCGGCGAAUUCUGGUGCAAAUAUGUGAUACGGAUAGUGUCGCAUAUUUUGCACAGAUUUUCUCCUCUUUAUUAUUGAUU